AUGGCCGCAGCCGGGGAGCUGCGUUCCUGGCGGCGGAGAGGAUCCGGUGCCGAGCAAGCUGUAUGCCGAGCCAAACGGCUUCAGGAGGAAGCUCGAAGCCUUCUGCCACCAGGCCUGCAGGUAGUCAAGAGGCCAGUACCGGAAUCGACAAACCACGGCCCUGCGAAGCAACCACGGGUGCAGUCUCCGGAUCUCACAGAUGCUGGAAAUCCUACAAGCCCAGGUGCCACGGAGCUCACUGUCGAGGAUGAGGUCCAACGUCGACAGCAAGCCGCCGAGUUGUAUGCCCAGGCGAAGCUCCACUUAAACUUGCAGAAGGCAGUCGACGAGGCGCGGAGAGACCUGCAGCUGCGUCGAGACACCAUGCGGUGUCGAAGCGAGGUGGAAAGCGCACGCAGGGAAUCUGAGGAACUUCUCGGAAAGUUGGCACGAAUCCGCUCGGACGGAGAACCUUCACCGCUGGACCUCGGUGCAGCCCUGCGUGGGGCGCUGCAGCAAUGGUCGCGGCGAAAGGCAGCCUGCCAUGACGUUCUGAGAGGUUUGGGUACCGCAGGCGCCGGUCACAUCGGCCAAGCUGCUGGCCUCUCCUCGGACGAGUCUUGUGGAGCCUCUUUCGAGGAAAUCUUUGGGUCUCUGUCGCCUGAGCUGCGGUGGUGA